CGCGGCGCGGUGAGCCUGCAGCGGCCCUUCCUGCGCGGCCCGCUGGGCGUGCUGCGGGUCCUGCAGCUGCUGGCCGGCGCCGCCUUCUGGGUCACCAUCGCCACCAGCAAGUACCAGGGCCCCGUGCACUUCGCGCUCUUCGUGUCCGUGCUCUUCUGGCUGCUGACCCUGGGCCUCUACUUCCUCACGCUGCUGGGCAAGCACGAGCUGGUCCCGGUGCUGGGCUCGCGCUGGCUCGUGGUCAACGUGGCGCACGACCUGCUGGCGGCCGCGCUGUACGGCGCCGCGACGGGCAUCAUGAUCGACCAGACGCAGCGCCACAGCUACUGCAACCUCAAGGAUUACCCGCUGCCCUGCGCCUACCACGCCUUCCUGGCGGCCGCCGUCUGCGGGGGCCUGUGCCUCGGCCUCUACCUGCUCUCGGCCUUCUACGGCUGCUGCCGUCGCUACCAGGGCAAGCAGGAGGUGGCGUGAGGCCUUCGGCGCGCGCCUGGCCGGAUGGCGCUCUAGACGCUGCCGGCCUCGUCUGACUCCAGCCUGGCGCGCCUGCGCUCUGCCCCUGCCCCUUGUGCCCCCUGCCGCCCGCGUCCGCGACCCCAGACCAGCCGUCCCCGCAGACCGCAGCGCUGCGCCCCGAGUCCCGACCGUCGCCAGAGGCGCUGUGGGUCUCCGGGGACCGCGCAGCGACCCGAGCGAGCGGCGGACGCACAAGCGCAGACCGGCUGCCCCCACCCGCUGGCAGAACUUAACGGUUCUUCUCCUCCUUCCCUGCUGAGAGCAAGACGUGGCCAGGCGCCGCGUAGAUCCGGGGAGGCUCCCGAGUUGGAGCCAGUCGCAGGGCCCCGCCACCGCCCUCCUCCCUCGCGCCCUGCGGUCGGAAGAGCACCCUUCCCCGGCCUCUUCAGCCUCCGGGGCUGCAAAAGGCGGGCAGGCAGCUGCGGAAGAGCUGAGGGCAGGCCUUGGCUCGUCCUGGGGUGGCCGGCGAGUUGGGGUUUAGUUUGGGAUCGUGUUGGGACCUUACAGAACACCUCUGUGCCCGUCGCUGGGUGUUCCGACGUCUUGGGGUGAGGCCAGUCCUCGGAGGCAGAGAUGGAUGGGAAAGCCCAGGGGCUGCACUCUUGCGUUUCUGGAGUCUUCUCUUGCCUCCUCCUCCUCCGCCUUUGUGCUUGUGCUUCUUACAAGCCAGUCCGAAUCACAAUAACGUCCCUGGUCUCGAAGUAACCUCCCCCCACCCCCAGACUUCCACUCCCCCGCAGCCCUCAGUAUGUUUGUAGCAGGGAUCCCACAACACCAUCAGGAACAUUAGGGUGAGGCCCAUCCUCCCUCACUUUUUUUUUUUUUUUUUUUCCAGAUAGGGACCCAGUUCUUGGGAACAGCCAAUUUAAGAUGAGAACCUUGGUCUGCGCAGCAGCGCUGUUCACAAGAAACCAGUGGGUGUUCCAGGAGCCUGGCCCACGAGCUGUUUCCAUCUAAAAGACGUUGGAAGCCCAGUGGGUUUGUCAGCGGUACUGUCACCCUCUCUUGAAAAGUGGUGAUGUUCAUUAGCAUAGCGACAACCCCAGAGGCCCAAGCCCGGUGACUUAGUUUACUGUAUUCAUGUUUCUGGGCCCUGAUCAGUGUUUCCAACUUCAAGGUUCCAGGCGUCUCUAUGUGGUCCCAGUUCCUGUUUGUUCCUGCAGUCUGACCUGUUGAGGAUUUUGGAAAGUCUUCUUUCCAAGGGAAUUUUUCUAAACAGGGAGACCCAGCCCAGUAAGGAAGGAGCUUGCUGCCCCUUCCAGCCACAGACCUGGAAACUCGAACUCAAGCACCCCUUUUGUUGUCGGAGAAAUGAAGCCAAGUUGUCCAGAUGCUGUCCCAGUUGAAAGGACUUCACCUGUGAGAGGGCCUGGCCGUGCCUAUGAGCCUCUGGCACGGUGUGCCCCGUUCGCCAAAGAGAAGAUAAACUGCAGGAGCCAGGGUGAACAGCCAGCCUGCCUCUAAGGCUUCCAUGUUGCUGAGGCCAUGGAGAUGUCCAGAGAGGGUCAAGCUGGCCUCCCGCAGGGCCCACUGCCCUGGCUGGCAACACCAUCCUGGCUUGGGCGGGCUGAAAGUUUCAGUGUCUUUACUGGCAACUGGGGCAGCCCGGAGAGGCAGUGACCUCUGCCUAGAAGCCUCCUUGUACACCAUUCAGUGGAAGAUUCAUUUAGCCUUAGUCCAAGAGAAUUCCUGAUUGUGGUGGUGCUGUGAUUUGGGCACAAGGUUCCAGGCACCUGGAACGGAGGUCUGCACUCCUGUACCCUUACAAAUGGAUUUUAUUUCCAGCCUUUUUUUUCUUGCCUUUUAUAGAUCAGCAUCUAAGUUGAAUCUUCAGCUCCCCCCUGCCCCAGUCUCUCUCUUGGUCCCCUAGUCCCGGGUUUGUGGCCAGGUGACAUUACUCAGGAGCAGACAUCUUGAUAUUCAUGGUGCCUUAAUCCACUAGACUUGCCUAGAGCAUUCCGGAGUGCUCUGGCUCUCCCAGAUGUGCCUUCCUGCUUGGUUUCCAGCGGCUUAGCAGGCCCUCUGCCAGAUGUGAGAAGGAUGGAUGAGACUGUGGCCACAUACACCCUCUCUCAUGGGCCUGUGCCACAGGUAUGGCCACCUGAUUGAGCCCAGAACUUUUGGCUCCUUCCUUGACGCCAGGAGUCUGGUCACCCAAGGUUCUAGCCCUAAUGUCAGGGAUCAUUUGUGUAUCAAGGAGACAAUUUUGGUGUCCAGCAAAGGUCAAGAGAGACUCCUUGGGAGGAGUGGGGGUAGGAGGGGAGAGAGGACUGGUGUGCCCUAUUUGGUAGUUCAGUAGUGGUCCCAUAAUACUUUUCUGAAUAAAAUGUGUUUUGUCUGA